AUGCAUGUAUUUUAUGAUGAUGUGCCCAACACAGUCACCCUAGGCAAAUCUCAGUGGGAAAUGGAGACAGUGAUGCUACACAAGCUUGUUGACAACGUGACCAGUGAGAGAAACCAGUUACAGACCAGUUACAAGAACCUGACAACUGAACGGGACCAGUUACUUACGAUUUUCAACAACUUGACAACCAAACACGACCAAUUACAGGCCAGUUACAACAACUGGACAACUGAACGAGACCAGUUACUUACGAUUUUCAACAACUUGACAACCAAACACGACCAAUUACAGGCCAGUUACAACAACCGGACAACUGAACGAGACCAGUUACAGAACAGGUCCAACAAUCUGGUUAAAGACAGAGACCAGCUGCAGGAAAGACUUGCAAACAUGACUGCAAACAGAGACGAUCUUCAGAAACAGCUUCAAGACUAUCAACAAAACUGGGUGGCUUCAAAUGGUAGUUUGUACCAAAUUUCUUCGGAGCAGAAAUCCUGGGAAGAAAGCAGACAAAACUGUCUUCAAAAAAGUGCAAACCUGAUAAUUAUCAACAGCCAAGAAGAACAGAACUUUGUGAAUCAGCUGAAGAAGCAUUUGUGGAUUGGACUGACUGACUCACAGACAGAGGGGACAUGGAAAUGGGUAGAUGGGACUCAAGUGACCAAAAGCUACUGGAAUCAGGGGAAUAAAGAGCCAAAUGGUGACACAAAGGAAAAUUGUGGAGAGAUAGAUGUUUACAAUUCAAAUGACAGCUGGAAUGAUGCACCAUGUUCCAUUGCAAAAUUCUGGAUAUGUGAGAAGAGAGUUUCUCCAUAA